UCUGAGUUUUGGUUUCAAACACUAUCCUAUCCACUUUGGGAUACAUGGAUUUAAUGACCAAGACCAGCACUGGGACUUUUGUAGUCUUUUUCUGUUGAAAGAUCUAGUUUGAACUCCUGAACAUCUCUGACAGAACAAUCUUAACUACUCUGACAAUGAUAAAUGUGGAUUUGCGGGCGCUCACUCAACCUGUGGGCAUCUUGCGAAUUUUUUCUGCCAUUUUAUCUUGCAUAUCUUUCAGUCUUGUGGCAUCGGUUGGAUAUGUCAACAACUCGUACUGGUCAUGGUGCAUGUUUACCUGGUGUUUCUGCUUCAUCGUCACCCUCUUCAUCCUUAUUAUGGAGUUUACAACAAUGCACUCCAAACUGCCUUUUGGAUGGGAGGACUUCAUCAGUGCCUUUGCGAUGCUAGCUAGCCUCAUGAUCUUCACUGCAUCCAUUAUCUAUUCGUCCUUCUUCAUUUGUAGACAGCAAGCACCAAGUGGACCAAAAUGCCACCGCCAGAUUGGGGCCUGUGUCUUGUCUUGGGUAUGUUUCUUGGCCUACGUUGGUGAAGUUGUUCUAAACAGGCUUCGACCACAAGGGGAGCACAUUGGAUUCCUCUCUACCUUGCCUGGUAUCAUGAAGAUGCUAGAAACAUUCAUUGUAUGCAUAAUCUUCACCUCCAUGCACAAAAGCCAAUACUCCAAGAAACCGGAACUGGAAUGGUGUGUGUCCGUGUAUUCAUUGUGCUUCAUUUUUGCUAUCAUCAUAAUUGUUGUCUGCACCGCUCAGCUAACAUCAUACUCACCAGUCUCAAUUGAAAAAGUGGUUAUUGUCUACAACAUUGUGGCGACAUUGAUGUAUUUAUCCGCUAUGGUCCUAUGGCCCCUCUACAGUUUCCGGAACAAUUCCAAACCUCCAAAUUGUAAUUUCCUCUGUCCAUGGGAUAAACUUGUAGUAAUCACUAUCAUGACUAUUUUCAAUGCAAUUGUUUAUAUACUGGACAGUGCCUACUCCAUUUACCUAGUGUUUUUUGUAGGAAGACAGUAAAAACUAUUUUUGUGUUGUUGUUUUUUUUUUUUUUUUUUUUUUUUUAAUUCAUGUCUCAUGUCUAUCGAGACUUGAAUUAGUUAAUGAUAAAAAAAAAAGAUCCAAAAAGUGACAUGGGUGAUAAGAGUUACAUCAGUUUUAUUUUAAAAAUGUCUUAUUCAAACAGCAAUUCAUCAUUUGGUCAUUAUGGUUUUUGUAUGCUUUUAUUUCUGUGUUCUCUGUGCAGAAAACAUGUUCUUAAUGUAAGCUCAUGUAUGC